AUGGCCUUCAAUGUACUUCUCCUCCUGUUGGCUUCUUGCACCGGUUGUGAUGCCCAGUUUACGGUAACCCAGCCACCCUCUGUGUCUGCCUCUGCUGGAGAGACUGUUAAGAUCUCUUGUACAAGCAGCAGUGGGAGCAUAGGCAGCUAUGAUGUCUCUUGGUACCAACAGAAGCCCAGCAGUGCUCCAAAACUGCUUAUCUAUGAUGAAGACUACCGAGCCUCCGGCAUCUCUGACCGAUUCUCAGGUUCCAUUGACAGCUCAGCCAAUGCCGCCAUCUUAACCAUUUCCGAUGUUCGAGCAGAGGAUGAGCAGGAUUAUUACUGUUUCUUUUAUUAUAGCAUCAACCAGCGCACAAUGAUACAACCACAUGAGGAAGGAAACAAAGUUAACCUUUAUAAGGAUCUUGUUUAUAAAGAGAUUUGUGGUUGCAAUGCCCAGUUUACGAUGGACCAGCCGCCCUCUGUGUCAACCGCUCUUGGAGAAACAGUCCAGAUCUCCUGUAAAAGAAGCAGUGGGAGCAUAAGCGACAGCUAUAAUUCCUGGUACCAGCAGAUGCCUGGUCCAAGUUUCCAGCAACUGCAGUCCCUGAAGUCUUCAGAGACUGUCUCUCUAGGGGAGACCAUCACCCUGUCUUGCAAAUUUAGUAGUGGAACCAUCUCUGAUGGCAAUUAUCCUCGGUGGGCUCAACAGGGGCUCGGGAAAACUCCACGAGUAAUUAUAUACAACACCAGCAACAGAGUACCUGGCAUGCCAGACCGUUUCAGUGGGUCGAGAUCUGGGGACACGAUGUCCCUGGCAAUCACCGGGGCCCUGGGAGAAGAUGAAGCUGAUUAUUACUGCGCUGUGUGGACUGGGAGCGGGUGGCACAGCUGUGCAUUCAGGUGGGGAAAUGACAUAACGUCUCUGGCCAUCACAGAGGCCCUGUCAGAAGAUGAGACUGAUUAG